CACACACACUCCAACUUCCAGACGUAGGAGGCACUGGUUGAAGAGUUGGCGUUGUUUUUCUCAGCUGCUUCUCAGCGCAGCGGUUGUUGAUCUAUGGCUCAUCACUAAUCAAGUUCAGUUAUUUGUCUGACGAGAGGAGGUACUUACCCGGCAUAAAAAUCGAAUGCCGAGAGUGUUAAACGAUGGGCGACUACUGUAAUGUGACCGGUGGGCAAAACGCCGCCUUGGUCAUUUUGGCCUUCCUCCAAGCGGAUAAUAGGAACUCGGAGUACAGCAAGGAGCUUCUCUCUCUGGGUCAGGAACUAAGUCUCACCCGGGACAUCAACUGCAAUGGCCCCAGAAUAGACUGUCUGGACGAUGGAGACCUUGAGACUGACGGCCACUUGCCCAGCAACAUCUCAGUCUCUCUGAAUGAUAUUCAGCCGUUAGUGGCACUGCAGCGGCCUCGGAACCUUGAAGAUGCAGCAGCCUUUCAUGUUGCGGAAGAGCUCAGAGAGAUUGCAGCUCAGCUCGAACGCAAUGUUGUGGCUCAGGCUACUAGGCACCUGACAAGGGGCAUAUCAGCCUCCCCCUCUGAUACCUGGAAGAGCCUCAUUACUUUGGAGGUGGAGAGGGUUAUGCGCCAGUGUGUGGGGCUGGAGCAUCUACCCCAGGAGCGAGUCUUUAUGGCCCUGACUCUCACCCUGGUGAAGGGCGUGUGUGAGCAAGCCCCACAUUUUCUGAGAAAGCUCUUCAACACCGCGCUGCAGUACAUCAACCCUGCAAGGGCCAGGUGACUUCUGAGCUGCAGACUGAGAGGAAAUAACAGAAAUUUGCGGUAGAGGACAGCUAAAUCUGAAACUGGCAUCUGCUGCUCAUGACCAGUCCAGUGUGAAAGGAAGGAGCCGAACUGACUGAACCGUUGUAAAAACACUUUCAGUGUGAGGGAAAGUGAUGAUGAAUUGUUUGUUUCUUUUGUUUUGAAAAUGGGAAACUGAAGGAUGAGUAUGAGACACUUGAAAUUUUUUUCUUUAUGUGCUCUGAAUCUUAAUACUACUGCUUACUUUCACUUCGAA